AUGGUCAAGCACUCAAAGUACGACCAAGAUAAUGUUAAUAAGGAAGAACACAAGUUACAUCAUAAUAUACAUGUCUACAAUUCUAUAAAUGCGACAAGAAAGCACAGAGCAGAUCUAAUCACAGAAGUUACGGAGCUGAGCAACAAAGUCCUUUUAUUGGUGUUAGCUAGUUUUGAAUUAGUUGAAGGUCAGUGUACAGACGGGUUUAUCAAACAUGGUGAUUCGUGCUAUCACUUUAGUCAUGAUACAGAAACAUGGUUAGAUGCUGAGCUUUCAUGUCAACAGCUUUAUGGCGCCCAUCUAGCUGAGAUAGAAGAUGCAACAGAAAACAAUUUUCUUAUUAAUGAAGUAAAUGUUCUCGGGUUUAGUUUUUGGGUUGGUGGGAAUGACCUACAAGUAGAGGGGGAAUGGAAGUGGUUCUCGUCAAAAACUGCCGUUAAAUACAGCACAUGGCACCCUGGAAAUCCGAGCAAUAAUGGUGGCGAUGAGAAUUGUAUGGAAAUACUCGAUGGGGAUGGAAAAGGGCCACAAAAACCUUUAUGGAAUGACAAGCAGUGUCAUGCAUAUCAAAGAUACAUUUGUGAAAAGUCAACUACCGAAAGCGAAAUUGUUGGAUAGUUUAAUAUUUGAUUCAUCUUUACUGAGAAGGUUAUGUUCAACUUUGAAAUUUGUAUUACCUAUAGACUUAAUAUGCAUGAAUAAAAAUACCAUAAAAAGUGCUGUGGCUGUAAUAUAAUUU